GAAUCUCGCGCGACAGUCACCAGGCUAGCUAGCUAGUUAGUUAACAAAUCUUUAUUAAUUUAUUUGACCGUCUUGUUGCGAAAUUGAAAAAUGUAGUUUUCAAACGAUAAAGUUACACUUCGUAAACGCAUUAGUCUAUGCGAAUUUGUCUUGCGUCUUAAUUGUUGAAACGCUUAAUUUGCCGCCUUUUAUUGUAACUACCCUGCUAACGUUAGCUUCCCUUAAGACAUUUGCUAUUGUUGUUGCCUGGGAUAGCGAGCUACAGUAACAGCCCAAAAUGACUUCAGCCUCUACUAAGGUGGGAGAAAUCUUCUCUGCAGCAGGAGCAGCCUUCACCAAGCUGGGUGAGCUUACCAUGCAGCUGCAUCCAGUAGCUGACUCUAGCCCUGCAGGAGCCAAAUGGACAGAGACGGAGGUCGAGAUGCUGCGGUCAGCUGUGCGGCGCUUCGGUGAUGAUCUGAACAGUAUCAGCUCUGUGAUUAAGGAGCGCACUGUAGCCCAGAUAAAGACGACAGUGAAGAGGAAACUGUAUGAGGACAGCAGGGUGCCCCUCUCCUCCGACUCCCCCAAAAAGAUCACCAAGAAGACCACAGUCAUCAUGGCAGCCGCACUAGCACCCGUGGCCCCCACUGUCAUCGCAGUGCCCACCUCACAGGUUGUCGUGACUACAGGGCUGCAGAGCCCCUCUAUGCCCACUGCCAUCAAGAAACAGAAAACAGCAGAUGUGACGCUCAGUGCUCUGAAUGACUCUGAUGUAAACAGCGACUUGGUGGACAUUGAGGGACUGGGAGAUAGUUCCAACACCAAGAAGCUCAACUUUGAUCAAGAAAGCCUCAACCUGGACUCCAGCCUAAUCAUGAACUCCAGUGACCUGCCCCUCCUGUCUCGCUGACCUCUAACCCACUGUACCAUUGGGUUGGAAACACUCGGUCCCUAUAUCACCAGAGAGCAGACUACAGUUAGUAUCUUUCUUACAGAGCUUUUUUGGACACAUUUAAGCAGAUAGAUGUGUAUUUUUAUGAACAGACCCCUCUCCCCAUCGAGUACAUCUCUAUUCAGUCUGGGGCAUUUCUACUGAGUAACCCUUCUAUUUUGCUGUUUCUCACAAACCUAUAGUUUGUGUGAUGUAUAGCUUUUUUUGUAUUGUAACAUUUAUUUGCUCUGCUAAUUUUCGAAGUACUGUUUUGCAGCUGAACAUAUGCUGUUCAUGAUCUCCAGAGAGAAAUGGUGUUUCAGUGCAGAUGUCCAUCGUGUAACGUAGUGAGUGUACAUGUUGUGUACCACUGGUUGAUAUUUAAAAAUGCAAGACACCAGCUAUCCAACUAUUACUGGUAUUUCAUUUUGUUCACAAUGGUUGUGCAUGACAUGAUUCCUCUUAUGUUGAUGUUUAGUAAAAUGUUAAUCUCUUUUGUGUCUGUUUCACUGGGCUCGUAGAAUGUGAGAGGGUAGUGGUUCAGACUGCCAUCUACUGGCUGUUAUAAAAAAAGAUUGCAGAAAUGUACAGGUGACCAAAUCCAAAUUAUCUAUGGAGACAAAGGCAAGUCCACAGGUUUUCUAAAAUAAUACAGUGACUUUUUAUCAUGAUUUUUAUUUAUAUAUAUAUAUAUAAUACAAUAUAUUUAUAUUUAAAAGGUGUACAUUCUCACUCUUUCUUGUGCUUACAGUUCCAUAAAAAUACAAUCUUCUCUUUGUGUAGAGACUUGUCAAAGCUAUUUACAGUUUGAAAAUACUUGUCUGAAUGUUCUGGCAAUGUGCUUUAAUUCCCUUUCUCACAAUAACAUCUUUAUUUCCUCCUCUCUCUCUCUCUCUUUGUUAAUUCUAUUGUCAGUCAAACAUUUUU